GAGGCUGCGCAGUGGUGCUUUUCAGUUGGGUGAGAAAUUGGACAGAGGAAGUGGGGUAGUAUCGGUUUAUGGUGUUGAUAAACGAUAAAACAAUGGUACUUGAUGUCAGCUGUAUUUGCUCCUCAAGUUGGGGUUGCAAAUGUAACUGUCUAUAGAAUCACGUGAUUGUGCCUUAUGGUUGCCAUCAAACGAUUCUCUCACUGAUGAUUGCUCUUCUUGCUCAUGUUAUUCUGUCAUGGUUUUAACAGUUUCGUGUUUGAUUGGAUUCCAAGAAACGUUGUAGCUAUUUGCAGUCACCUCCAUUGAUGUUUUGUGAAAUUUUAGAAUAAAAAAAAAGAUGUGUUCAGCUUUCUCAAAGUUUGGUAGGGAUGUUACAGAGAAAUGGAUGGCAUGUGGGUGAACGUGACUUCCUCUAUUUGCCAGUGUAAAGUAGCAGAUCUGCGAGUAAUUGUGUUCAGUAGAAACAACUUCCUCUGAAGAUAAUCAUGGAUCUUGAGCAUGGCCAGUCUAGGGAUCCCUCAAAGAAGGAUUCUUGGAAGACAUUAUUGCUUUUAGCAUAUCAAAGCCUUGGGGUGGUGUAUGGAGACCUAAGUACUUCCCCUCUCUAUGUCUAUAAAAGCACCUUUGCUGAAGACAUUCAACAUUCAGAUACAAAUGAAGAGAUUUUUGGUGUUCUGUCCUUCGUCUUCUGGACUAUUACUUUAAUCCCCUUAUUCAAGUAUGUUUUUGUUGUCCUCAGAGCUGAUGAUAAUGGAGAGGGAGGUACUUUUGCUUUGUAUUCGUUGAUAUGCCGGCAUGCAAAUGUUAGCCUUCUUCCCAGCAGACAGGUUGCUGAUGAAGAGCUCUCUACAUAUAAACUGGAGCACCCUCCCAAGAAAAAGAACAGCUCAAUGGUAAAAAUGUACCUGGAGAAGCACAAGGCCUUGCACACUGCUUUGCUAAUCCUGGUUCUUUUGGGCACAUGUAUGGUAAUUGGAGAUGGACUUCUCACUCCAGCAAUUUCUGUUUUCUCUGCAGUGUCUGGCCUUGAGUUAUCUAUGUCUGCAGACCAUCAUCAGUAUGCUGUGAUUCCAAUAACAUGCUUUAUCUUGGUGUGUCUUUUUGCACUUCAACACUAUGGCACACAUCGGGUGGGUUUUUUGUUUGCACCAGUUGUGUUGACAUGGCUACUGUGCAUCAGUGCCCUUGGCUUGUAUAACAUAAUUUACUGGAACCCACAUGUGUAUCAAGCUCUUUCUCCAUAUUACAUGUUCAAGUUUUUGAAGAAGACAAAGAAAGGCGGGUGGAUGUCCUUAGGAGGAAUAUUGCUGUGUAUAACAGGCUCAGAGGCAAUGUUUGCUGAUCUUGGCCACUUCUCUUAUGCUGCAAUUCAGAUUGCUUUCACUUUUCUGGUUUAUCCAGCACUUAUAUUGGCAUACAUGGGGCAAGCUGCUUACUUGUCACAGCAUCACCAUACGAGUUAUGAAAUCAGUUUCUAUGUGUCCGUUCCAGAGAGUGUGAGGUGGCCAGUGCUUAUCAUUGCAAUUCUUGCCUCUGUAGUGGGAGGCCAAGCAAUCAUUAGUGGAACAUUCUCAAUCAUAAACCAGAGUCAAUCACUUGGCUGUUUUCCCAGAGUCAAGGUUAUUCACACCUCUGACAAGAUACAUGGUCAGAUUUAUAUCCCUGAGAUUAAUUGGAUGCUUAUGAUCCUUUGCAUUGCUGUGACCAUCGGAUUUAGAGACACAAAACACAUGGGAAAUGCAUCAGGUUUAGCGGUGAUGACAGUGAUGUUGGUGACAACAAGUCUCACUUCCAUGGUUAUUAUCCUUUGUUGGCACAAGCCCUCUAUAGUGGCCCUUUCCUUUCUGUUUUUCUUUGGGUCAAUUGAGUUGCUUUAUUUUUCAGCUUCGCUCACCAAGUUCAGGGAAGGUGCGUGGCUUCCUAUUCUGCUUGCUCUUUUCCUCAUGACCAUCAUGUUUGUUUGGCAUUAUGCCACCAAUAAGAAAUAUGAAUAUGAUGUCCACAACAAGGUAUCAUUAGAAUGGCUUUUAGCCUUGGGACCAAGCUUAGGAAUUGCUAGAGUGCCUGGUAUUGGUUUGGUUUUCACUGAUCUCACCUCAGGAAUCCCUGCUAAUUUCUCUCGGUUUGUCACCAACCUCCCGGCUUUUCACAGUAUUCUUGUUUUUGUGUGUGUUAAAUCGGUACCUGUCCCUUAUGUUCCCCUGGCGGAACGUUACCUUGUGGGGCGAGUGGGGCCUGCAGCUCACCGUUCCUAUAGGUGCAUUGUGCGUUAUGGAUACCGUGAUGUGCACCAAGAUGUUGAUUCUUUUGAAGCCGAACUAGUUGAGAAGCUGGCUGAUUUCAUACGCUAUGAUUGGUACCAAAAGCAGCAUACUAGUAGUUGCGUGGGGGAUGAUGCUACCUGUUCUAAUGAAUCGAGUGAAUGUAGAUUAGCCGUGAUUGGGACGGCCGCAUUGUGUAGGCCACCUGCAUAUGAGAAUGAAAUGGAAGAGACGGUAGAAGCGGCAAGUGCAUCUGCUGGAUUCUCAUCUGUAGAGAGUGUAACAGAUGUUAUUGAGAUGGAAGGGGUUGAAAAAAGAGUGAGAUUUGCCAUUAACGAUGAUGAGUCUGGAACUAGUGGAGAUCGGGUCCAUGUGCAUUUGCAAGAAGAGAUAGAAGAUUUAUUAGGUGCUCAACAAGCUGGGACGGCAUUCAUAAUCGGGCAUUCCCAUGUUCGAGCAAAACAAGGGUCAUCUCUUCUGAAAAGGGUGGCACUUAAUUUUGGGUAUAAUUUCUUGAGAAGGAAUUGCCGAGGGCCAGAUGUGGCACUCAAGGUGCCACCAGCGUCUCUGCUAGAGGUGGGUAUGGUUUACGUAGUGUAAACCUGAUCGUGGCAUGUAAUUAUACUUGUAAUUCUAUAUUAUUGGUAGGUAGAGUCAGAUCAAGUACGUAGUUUAUAAUGCUAAUGUAAAAGAGCAGUGUAUCAAGUAUAUGCUUUACUUCUAAAUGGACAAUGCAUACAGACAUCAAGUGUACUUGCAAUUAGAUAAUAAUUAUAUCAGAUUGUA